GCGGCCAAGCGCCGCUGCCGGGGCUCCGCGUGCCGCUGCGGGGCGGGGGAAGCCCCGCAGGGCCGGCCCGCAGAGCUGCCGCCGCCGCUCGCCAUGAGCCGCUCCCGGAGCAGCGCCUCCCCACGUAGAAAAAUAAAAAAAUAAAGCGGGCAGGGCGCGGGAGCCCGCGGCAGCCCCGGCACGGGGGAGUGCGUGUGUGUGCGCGGGGGGCGCCCCGCCGCCCCGCCGCCCCCCGCCGCACCGCAGCGUGCGGGCAGCGAGCGCGAUGCGCCCCGCGCUCGGCUCUGCGGAAUAGUGCGGCCGCCGCUCGCCCUCCGCGGGCUAGGGGCGCACGGACCCGACCGCUGGCCAUUCCCUCUUGAUGUCCAUGAGUGCAAACACCAUGAUUUUCAUGAUCCUGGGCGCCUCUAUCGUUAUGGCAAUAGCUUGCUUGAUGGACAUGAAUGCGUUGUUGGACAGAUUUCACAAUUACAUCCUACCGCAUCUGAGAGGGGAGGACCGAGUUUGUCACUGCAACUGUGGAAGGCAUCACAUCCAUUAUGUCAUCCCUUAUGACGGGGACCAGUCAGUGGUGGACUCCUCGGAGAAUUACUUUGUGACUGACAAUGUAACCAAGCAGGAGAUUGAUCUGAUGCUGGGACUUUUGCUGGGCUUUUGUAUAAGCUGGUUCCUGGUGUGGAUGGACGGGGUUCUCCACUACGCUGUGCGCGCCUGGAGGACCAGCCGACGGUAUGACAACUCCUGGUCUUGGAUUCCGAAAUUUUGUAACUUGAAGGAGUUGAGGAAACGUCACCACCGGCAGUACGAGGAGGCCACCGGGAACAUGGUGCACAUCAAACAGAAGCUGUACCACAACGGGCACCCCAGCCCCCGGCACCUCUGAGGGACCCCCACCCUCCAGGGACUGCAGCCAGCUUUUAAAACACACAGGACUCUGCUCUUCCUCCUCGGGAACAGCCUCUUGUUUGUUCCCAAGCCAGCUGAGGACACGGAUUUUAGGGAUCCAUCCCGGGUGUCCAUGGGUGGACAUGCCACGAUGCACAACUAAGCCAGUCCUGGAUGCUCUGCAGCCAAGACUUUGCACUGUGUUCCACA